GGGGCUCCACCGCCCUCUCCUCGGCCUCACCAGCCCGCCGGCCGGGCGCUCGGCGGCUCCUCCGUGAGCCCGCCAGGAACUCGCACCCCUCGCGCUCCCCUGGCUCCCGAGGGGGCCGCCUCGGGCCAUGGUGCCCUUCCCCGAGGAGCCCGCCGCCGCGCGGGGGACGAGCGAGGCGCAGCCGCCGGGCCCCGCGCCCACCGGGGCAGCUCCGCGGCCGGGCCCGAGACCCUCGGACGGCCCCGAGGCGCUCGUCGAGAAGGUGGAGGUAGAGCUGGCGGGACCGGCGGGCGCUGAGCCCCCUCAGCCUCCCGAGGGCGGCUGGGGCUGGCUGGUGAUGCUGGCGGCCAUGUGGUGCAACGGGUCGGUGUUCGGCAUCCAGAACGCCUGCGGGGUGCUCUUCGUGUCCAUGCUGAAGACCUUUGGGUCCACGGACGAUGACAAGAUGGUCUUCAAGACAGCGUGGGUAAGUUCUCUGUCCAUGGGGAUGAUUUUCUUUUGCUGCCCAAUAGCCAGCGUCUUCACAGACACGUUUGGUUGUCAGAAGACAGCUGUCGUGGGUGCUGCUGUUGGAUUCAUUGGACUCCUGUCCAGUUCUUUUGUAAGCUCCAUCGAGCCUCUGUACCUUACCUAUGGAAUCAUAUUUGCUUGUGGCUGCUCCUUUGCAUACCAGCCUUCGCUGGUCAUUUUGGGACACUAUUUCAAGAAGCGCCUUGGACUGGUGAAUGGCAUUGUCACCGCCGGCAGCAGCAUCUUCACAAUUUUGCUGCCUUUCCUUUUAAGGGUUCUGACCGACACCGUGGGCCUCUUCCACACACUGAGGGUCCUCUGCAUCUUCAUGUUUGUUCUCUUUCUGGCUAGCUUUACAUACCGACCUCUUGCUCCAAGUGCCAAAGAUAAAGAGGGUGGAACCAAAGGAGGCAACAACAGAUUCUCCCUCUUUUCCAGGAGGAAGUUUAGUCCUCCAAAAAAAUUUUUCAAUUUUGCCCUCUUCAAGGUGACAGCCUAUGCGGUUUGGGCAGUUGGAAUACCGCUUGCACUUUUUGGAUACUUUGUGCCUUAUGUUCACUUGAUGAAAUAUGUGAAUGAAAGGUUUCAAGAUGGAAAAAAUAAAGAGGUGGUUCUCAUGUGCAUUGGCAUCACUUCAGGAGUCGGACGGCUGCUCUUUGGCCGGAUCGCAGAUUAUAUGCCUGGUGUGAAGAAGGUUUAUCUUCAGGUACUCUCCUUUUUCUUCAUUGGUCUGAUGUCCAUGAUGAUUCCCCUGUGUGGUGUCUUUGGGGCCCUCAUUGCUGUCUGUCUCAUCAUGGGUCUCUUCGAUGGAUGCUUCAUUUCCAUUAUGGCUCCCAUUGCCUUUGAGUUAGUUGGUGCCCAGGAUGUUUCUCAAGCAAUUGGAUUUCUACUUGGAUUCAUGUCUAUACCCAUGACUGUGGGCCCACCUAUUGCAGGGUUACUUCGUGACAAGCUGGGCUCCUACGAUGUGGCAUUCUACCUCGCUGGAAUCCCUCCCCUUAUUGGAGGUGCUGUCCUUUGUUUUAUCCCAUGGAUCCACAGUAAGAAGCAAAGAGAGAUUGGUAAAACCACUGGAGGAGAAAAGAUGGAGAAAAUGUUGGAGAACCAGAACUCUCUGCUGUCAAGCUCACCUGGAAUCUUUAAGAAAGAAUCUGACUCUGUUAUUUAAUGUCUUAUAUACCUCCAACCAGACUGGACUUGCUUUCGGAAGUUUAAGCAAGUUUCCCUUUUAUAUGAAUUGCAAAUUUCCUAUUUUUUUAAUUACAUCUUAAGAAUAGCACAAUAAUUGGGAAAUAGAACCCUUAUUACUACAAGAACCAUUUCUGCCACUGAAUAGCUAGCUGUUUGAUAUUUCCAUGAGUUUGGGGGCAGAGACUAUGGUAUAUGAAAACAUGUCUGAAAGUCAAAUAUUAAGAGAAUUGAAGCUAUUCCAAAGCAACUUUGGAAACUGUGAAUGCUAAUAAGCUUAUACAAAUAUUUAAAAAUACCUCGGGGCGCCUGGGUGGCUCAGUUGGUUGAGCAUCCGACUUCGUUCGGCUCAGGUCGUGUUCUUGCUGUUUGUGGGUUCAAGCCCCGCAUCAGGCUCUGUGCUGACAGCUCGGAGCCUGGAGCCUGCUUCGGAUUCUGUGUCUCCCUCUCUCUGCCCCUCCCCUGCUUGCACUCUGUCUCUCUCUCUCUCUGUCAAAAAUAAAUGUUUUAAAAAAAAUUAAAAAAAAAUACCUCACGCUAUACUGAAAGGGUUGCAAUUUGGUUAGGACUGGAAAUAACGUUUAUCGUCUCACAUGGUGUUUUUAGUUCUGGUAUCUCCGUUUUAAUUUCUUCUGCUAUUUGGAAACUUUUUACCUUUAAGCCUGGAUUCUAGAUAAUGUCAGACCUACCUAAACCUCAAGUCUAUGUUAAAGCUGCUUGCCUGCUGUUAAGUAAGAUACGAAAUUAAGUUAUCCUGACUUGCUUCGGUGUCAGGGGAACUUCUUGGUGCUGAUGGUAACACUGUGUUCAGAUUCAGUACAUGUGAGAUGAAAAGGAUCCUGUUCAUUAGGGCAGAGCAAUUUGGAAAUCAGGCGCUUCUUCCACUUACUUUUUGUUCUCUUUUGGUUUGCAGUAUGUUUUACUCAGGUAGCCAGAAACACCCCAAAUUUCUGAAAUUGUUUCAAUGUUAACAAUAAAGUAAAAUAGAAUGAAUGAAAGAGAUUCUGGCAGUUUUAACAUAGAAUUUUUCUGACCUCUGACUUUGUUGGCACUAGACUUGACAUUUCAGCAGAGUCUUACCGAGCAUGUUAUCAAGUUGCAGUUUCAGGUGCAAAUGGCGAAAAAAAAUCUUUUAAUCAUGCAGAAGGUAUUUCUGGUGGAAAUAAUUGCUCAAAUUGGUUUAUAAAAUUAAUGGGUCUUGAAAGGUUAAAAGCACUUAUAAAGAGAAAUAACUUCUGUAUUUCUCAAACUUUCUGGCAAAAAUUUGCACUCAUCAUUAUUUAUCCUAGCAUGCUCCCCAUUAACAUUCCCAAUAUUUUUUCUAUUUAUACAAAAACACUUGUAUGAAAGCUAUUAAAGUUUUAAGGACCUAAACAUUAAAACCGAAGUCAUGCCAUGACCUAUACUCGUCUACAAAAAACUAAGAACAAUUUCCUCAUCCUGAAACUAUACUUUAGUACCACAUGUUUCUUAUUUAUGUCUUUGAAAAUUAAUAAUAUGCCAAGUAUAUUUAAUUCCUAAGUAUAAAUGUGUAUUAGAGCUUCCUCAAACGUAGCUUGUUCACUUGGGAAGAAUGCUGUCUUUUUCUAAAGCACCUUCAGGAUCCAUAGGUUUCUAACUUCUCUGGAUGGACAGAAACUUAAUCUAUUAUCUCCCUGCUUUUCUUUUCAGCUUCUAUUGUUUCUUUGCCUCUAGCUGAGGAUAUAGGUACCUGAAGAGCAUAUGAAUUUGUAGUUGUUGACGGGGGUGGGGCAGGGCACACAGGGGGCUGGAGGGAAGCGAGGCAGUUAAUUAAACAGCUAGAAAAACCCCAAAGUUCAAAGUAGGAACGCUGAAUGCGGAAUUUAUUUUUAAUAGGAUUUUAAGUGAUUUUUUUAUUGUGAAGACAUCACUUAGCCAUUUACUACAUACACAUGGUUGCAACUUCCAGUACUUCUAUAUUUCAUAUUUAGGAAACUUGGGGAAUUUGUUUUUUGGAAGGUUCUGUUGCUUAAAAGAACAACUAUAUUUUGACCAUACUGCCCUUUCAUAUUCUUAUUUUAAAGCUUUUAGAAAAUGACUUAGAAAUGAUAAUGUAAGAUAUUAUUGGAUUCAUUUAUUCACACUCAGUUACAUAAAACAUUAUUUCCUGAUUAUUAUCAGUACUUUUGAGAACAUACAACUAAGAUCAAUCAUCAAACUUGCCAUUAGAAACAUUUUUUUUUGAUAGUUUUAGCAUAGACUCCUAAGACUGCCUCACCCCCUUUUUACAGAAAGAAUUCUAAAAGAGAAAAUUUGCUCUGUAAAGACCUCCAAAAUGUUUUCCCUUUCAAAAUUUGGCUGAUUUUAGAAAGAAAAAAAAGUAACAAUCUGACUUGCUCUUGCUUGGUUAGUUUCCAUAAUAAAAGAGCAAAGUGACUGAAGUAUUAAUAGUAUUUAGUAUAGUAUUUAGAUCUCAGAAUAUUUUGUGUACAGUAUUACACAUAUGCAGCUUUCAGUCUAAUGGAAUGAAUUAAAUGGGAUCUAUGAUACUGAAAGAGCUCCACUAUAAUAGACUGUUAUGGGGAGGUCUGUGCUGUAAUAAUAUAAAGUUAAAAAGUACAAACGAUGCUGAAUUCUAUAAAAUGCAUAUUUCAUAACAUAUGUUUGGUACAAAAAGUUCUAGAAGUCUGAAGUUUAAAGAUAAAAUGAAAAAUACUAAUAUUCAUAAGGAUUUGUGUUUUAGACAAGAAAUAGUACCAUAAUGUUUCAAAGUAAAUCCUUUGUAAUCUCUGAACAGAGUGUUACUAUUGCAAUAAAGUGACUCGAUGGGCCUAAAUUUUUUGGUUCAAUCCAGACACUUUUUUGAGAGGAAAAGAAUAGAGUCAGAACUCUGCUUUCUAUCUCAUCAUCCUAAUUCUGAUAAAACUCAGCAAAUUCUCAAAUUCAAAGGUUCUGGUAUUUGAGGCCAACAACAUAAAGGGAGCAACUGUUUGCUCCCUUUACAGAGACUCUGGAUCAGGUACUACUGCCUAUGGAUCUUCCAGAAACAUUGCAGUUAAAUUUUACUGUGGUAGACGUUAUUAGGAUCCAUCCAUUUCAGUAGUAAUAAACCACCCAGAUCGAUACUUUAUUCAAAAUUUAUAAAUUUCUUUGAUCCCAGUUAAAAUCCUUAGUCUACAGUCCUACGACAAGACUUGUAAUAUCCACUGGAAGUUGCAUCAUGCUUGCAUUAAGCUUCAAAUUCUAUCCGUAAAUAGAAACAAGACUUCAUUUGUACUUCCUGAUCCAUUGUAUCUGUUUAUACAUGUUUGCAGAAGAUCCCCUCCUAAGUAUGAAGAAAACCUUAACUCUGUUGGCUUCAACUUUCCACACUUUUAAAGUAAAUGUACACCUAAUUGUAAAUAAACAUAGGUUUGUCUUUA